AAAAUCAACAAAAUAUUCAGUGACGAUUAGAAUCAACAAAAUAUUCAGUGAGAAUUAAAAUAUUGUUCGAAAGAAGUACAGGAUAUGGAAGUGUUUAACGUUGAAGUAGGAAAGGAUCCUGCCAGUGUUAGUUAUAAUGGGAGUUACGCCAAUAUGUCCAAGCCUCGUACAAAUAGCAAAUGGAAAGUAAUUGGCAUCAUACUAUUGGUCCUUUUGCUUUGUGGUGUUAUUGCCCUGAUUGUCAUGACAGCGAUGGGUUACAACAUACUACAGCGUUUACCUCAGGGGAAAGAUUAUUCAAGCUCAGAUUAUUCAAGCUCAACCAAAACAGCAGAAACCACGAGCGAACGUUUAGAGAGCUUGAAAGAAAUAGUUGGCUCCACCUAUCCUCUGUCACAUCUGAUGAGUAGAUCUGAUUUUUACGGUACAGCAACAAUUAAUGAUACCAUACUUGCACUACCGGAAACUUUGGAACAGUUGCAAAAUAUUGUCAAAGCUGCAAGGACCCUUGGACUGAAGGUGAGGUGCAUUGGCAUCGCAGGGUCAUGGACCCCUCUUUGGGCGGACAAAGGUCAAAUACUGAUGGAUUUAAAGAACCUCGUUCGCCACGACGGCCCCCGUUUAGAAAUGAAUCCAGUGCGCUAUCCCAAUGAAAAUACUGGCAGUGGUACUAUAACAGCACUGGCUAGUGUAAUGAUUUUUGAACUGUACGACUUCAUGGAGCAGCAUGACGUCACGUGGUUGUCAGGUCUCGCUCACGAUGGCGGAACUCUCGCGGGAAUCAUAUCUACCGGAUCUGUGGGUAGUGGUAUCAACAACCCCGUGCUCAGCGAAUACGCUGUUGCGAUGAGGAUCGUUGACUCGGAGGGCAAACUCCGAUCCUAUAAUAUGAUAGAACAUCCCGAGGAGAUGGGAGCCCUUCAAUGUUGCCUGGGAAUGUGUGGCGUCAUCUAUGACAUCACAGUUAAGGUUGUACCGAAUGCAAUUGCACGUCAGAGGCACGUGUUCUAUCCAACCAAGGAACUCCUCAUGAACGGAAGUAACCUGCGCCAUCUAUUAGAGAAGAAUUUCAAUGUACAGGCACAUUACAGUCCGAUGACCGGAAUGACGGACGAUGAUUGGAAGUUCUUGGCGAUCAAUGGAUCGAUUCCAGCGUCGUACAAAGCUGAAAAUGAUAUGAUGUGGACAAAGCUAUUGGACACUAAUGAUCAAGAACUGUACAGCAAGGAGCCCGUAAGUCCACCAUAUAUAUGGCCGCAUCCUAUGGGAACUACACCUGCCCCACCUAGCACAACCCCUGCAACCUUUAAAGCACAUUGGCUACAAGCACUUAAGGACUCAGCUGAUGAGGUUAGAAGCUACUUUGCAGAGACAACGUACCAUACUAUUCCUAAUGCACUGCGCACUGGCUCUACUGACCACAUGUUCAAACCUGUCCACGGAACGCAAUUUUUCUUCCCAGAAGACAACAACUUUACUACAUCGGCAAGACUUGCAAAGAUUAUUACAGAUAUCAUACAGGAAGAUUUGGAACAUCCUUAUGGUCCAUUUGUCACGAUCGUCACUGGUCUUAUAAGAUGGCUUAAGCCUAGCGAUCCAGGCUGUUUCUUAUGUCCUACAAACUAUAGGGACGCUACGUCAGUCGUCUCCAUGGAGAUCGUCAACGCUGGGCUUCCGCCAGAUAUGUUCUUUGCUACCUCUGAUAAGGUAUCUGCUAAACUGCUCAAGGAAUUUCCACAUGCACGGACACACUGGGCCAAGGAAUUUGAAUUUGGAAUCAAAGAAAAUAUAGUAAAGAGAACAUUCGAUAGCUAUGGGUAUCUUUUGCAGCAAUUCAAGGCGAUAAGACACAUGGCAAAAUGGGACACGGAGAAUAUGUUUACAAAUGAACUACUUUGCGAAAUAUUCUAUGGUGUGAAACAUUGUUAAUGUUAUAACGAAUAGAGAAGAAAGGUGACGUUGAAAUUAAAAGUGAUGUGAUUUUGCUUGGUGUAUCAAAAUUUCAGUUCAAAUGUGAGUUUGGAACAGAUCAAGAUAGUUCCCAAAACGUAUUCGGGAUAAAUAUAAAGAUUGUGAAAAAAGAGGAAAACUGUUAAUUUUUAUAAACUAAUGGUAGCCACAUGGCAUUCUUGUGGAUAAUUCGUAGAGAAAUAGUUACUUUACGGCAUUUGAAGUGACGAUACACAAUGCACCCCUGUGGCAGACGAAUGCUUUUGGCAAAUACUAACACAGACACAAAGCAAUGUUCGUUAUAUAUAGGCCACCAUACGCCUGACGAGAAAUACAUGGUUAGAUGGACGUGGAAUUUGUUCACCUUUUAAAUACUGUUUUUAAAAUUUAAAAUACAAAUAUGGCAAAAAUGUUAUCUUGAAUUGUAUAUAGAAAGCAAAUUUUAUUUUCUGAACUAAAUUCAACUAAACUAAACUUUAUAUAAUACAAAUACGGAGUAAGAUCAUACGGAAAAGUUAGUGAAGAUCUAGUUUGUUUAAAAUCCCACUCCAAAAUACAUUAUAAAAGGGAUUUUAUUUUACCAGAU